AACAGCGCGACCAUUUGAAGCUUUGACAACUGAGUGGUCGUUUAUUUUGUGUAUUCGUUUCCUAUAGAAUUAUUCCAUUUGCCUGUUAUCUUGGUAUUUUAACAGACGUUUUUGAAAAUCAACAUCACUUUAUACCUGUAUUUAUUCAAAAAAUUUGAAAUCGGGGGAUAACCAACUACAUAUUUCAGCAGCUGCUAACGAUGUGGGAUGACGUCAGCCACGUCGGACACUGAUUUAGUAUCACCCGGACAUAUAAUCAAAGACCGAUGGCGCGUUGUGAAAAAGAUAGGAGGUGGUGGAUUCGGAGAAAUAUACGAGGCGCAGGAGGUCAAUUCCCAAGAAAAGGUCGCCUUAAAAUUGGAAUCUGCCCGGCAACCGAAGCAAGUAUUAAAAAUGGAGGUUGCAGUAUUACGCAAGCUACAAGGAAAAGAACAUGUGUGCAAAUUUCUUGGAUGUGGGAGGAAUGAUCGAUAUAGCUAUGUUGUAAUGUCUCUCCAGGGUCGAAAUUUAGCAGAUUUACGACGUAGUAUGUCACGUGGUCUGUUCUCUACCUCUACAACAAUACGUUUAAGUUUACAAAUUUUAAACGCUAUUGAAGCUAUUCACGAGGCUGGAUUUCUACAUCGUGAUAUUAAACCAUCGAAUUUUGCUGUGGGUAGACUGCCGACAAAUUGUCGUACAAUAUAUAUGCUAGAUUUUGGAUUAGCACGUCAGUAUACAACGCCUAAAGGUGAUGUACGACCUGCACGUCCAGUGGCUGGAUUCCGUGGGACAGUACGCUAUGCAUCACGUAAUGCUCAUAUGAAUCGUGAGAUGGGUCGACAUGAUGACUUAUGGUCAAUGUUUUAUAUGCUUGUUGAAUUUGCAUCAGGUCAAUUACCAUGGCGUAGAAUUAAAGAUAAAGAGCAGGUUGGUCAGAUUAAAAACAAUUUCAAUCAUGUCACAUUAACACGUUGUCUUCCAAGUGAAUAUCGUACAUUCCUCGAACAUAUUGAAGCAUGUACAUAUCCAGAUCGACCAGAUUAUGCCAUGCUACGUGGUCUUAUAAAACAAGCUAUGACUCGUCGAGAUGUUCAUGAAUCUGAUCCGUUUGAUUGGGAACAACCAUUAACCAUAGAAGAAGGUGGUCAACAGCCUAAUUCAACUGCUGCACCAUCAACUCCUGGACCUGGACUAAACGAUCAACAAGGUAGUCGUCAUAUGGGUGUAGGAUACACAGGCUCUGCGACAGCUGGCAAUGCUCAACAUACAGGUUUUGCUGAUAGAAAAACUCAUGCAACACAACAACUUAUCUCAAGUCAUCGUCAACAUCAUCGUAAUGGCACUCUAGGUCAGAUUCAACGUGGUGUAGACACUGUAGGCUUGGGUACCGGUGUUAGUGUUGUUGGAGGUAAUUUAGCGAGUAGUAUGAAUGAGUCUUUACAAGAUGGUAUUCCUCCAGUUGUCAAUGGAAAAACUAUGUCAACUGAUUUCAUCGCUGGUGGAGAAAGCCUAGGUCAUAAUGAUAAACGUCAUUCUCCACUCCCACCUGCAACUACACCUGGAGCGGUUGGUGAAUUUCGUAAUCAUGACGCUGGUAAACUGGUUACAGCUGCCACUGUUGAAGAUUGUAUAGACUGUGCUAAUAAGGGGACACAGGAUACUGAUGGUGCUACACGUUUAACUCAUAAGGUACCUGGUUAUUCGUCAACUGGUCAUAAUAUUGACGAAUUAAAGCGCAGUAGUAGACGUGUAAAUUCUACAACAGGUUCAUCUGUUGCCGGUGUAAAUCAUCGUCCUUCAUCAAAACGUUAUAAUGGAUCAUCUGUUGCAGUCAAUAAUAAUAAGAGUGUAACCGAAGCUGGUAUGUCUCAUCACCAUCCUCAUCAUAAUUCUGUAUCAAAAGUCAAUGGUGAGAAUUUACACGAUUCUGUACAACAUUACACUGGGAAUCAACGCAAAAAUGAUAAUUCUACUGAGCAUAGACCAUCGCGUCUGCCUAUUCUAACGCCUAUUAGACAAAGUCAUCGUGAUCAACAUUCUAGUGGUGGUGUGAUUUUAGACACACAGAAUAGUGCUUCCGUUGUUGCACCAACACAGCAAAUUUCUUCAAAUACACGUUCUUAUGCAGCUUCACCUAGAGGUGGAGGAGGUCAUAGUUCAAUCGGAGGUGGCAAUGAUAUAAGCAUUCUAACUGGGAAUUGUGGUUGUCCUGUAGAUCAAAGUCAAGCAAGUAUAGCUCAAAUGACUAAUGCUAUAGCAAUUAGUACAAUUGGUGGACGUUUUACAUCUGGUUCAGUGUCUCGUUUAAAUCGUCUGAAUAGUUAUGCAGCCGGUUCAAUGACUCAGUUAGCUGGUUUAGGUUUGUCUAGUCAAGAUUUAGUUGAUAUUGACGGAGAUGUCAACACUGGGGGUUGUGGUGGUGAAGGAGGUUUAGGUGAAACAGGGAAUGUUGAACAACAUUUACCAUUGGAUUCAUCGAAUAUUGAAUCACCGAAUGAAUUGUUGAUGGAUAAGAAAUCGGUUGAAAAUAAUGAAGUCAAAUGUUCUACAAGUCCAUCUGCUGCCGGUGCUCUUACUGCUGCCGCAAAUACUAAUCCUAUCGUCUCUAGUCAGCAUCAGGAUAGUAAUUCAGAUAUUGGUGAUUCAGAAGUCAAACCUCUCCAGAAUGUUUCAUCGAAUCAUGUCACCGUUACAACAACUACAACUACGACAAAUUCACAUAUUAAUAAUAAAUCUUUAACGAACAAUGCAGAUGUAAUCAUUGUCAGUAAUUCUUUGAAUACCAAUGGUGGGAAGGCUGUAAUGAAUAAUGGGAAAUCCUUAUCAACAAGUAACCUGAGAAAGUCAAAUCUAAAAUCAUCAAAGUUACCCGGUCGUCUUACUAUGACGCCAUCAAUAUCAUCUGGACGUCGUACAAAAUUGACAAAAUCUAGUCUAGAUGAACCGUUUUAUCAACGACCAGCUACUGAAGGAUUGAGACGAUUCUCUGUAGACAAUAUGACGAUGAUGAUGACGAGUAGUCACAAUGAUGAAAAGCACUCUUCAAAAGUAGUGGAUUUCGAUGACGAUGGUGAUGAUAGUCCAAGCUUACUUCCACGAUCUCUAGUCAAUGGUGGAUGUAAACCAGUCCCUAUACCACGUCAACGACCACAUUUAACAACAUCAUCAUGGCAACAACAGCAUACACGUAGUCCAAGUGUUAAUGGUGCAUAUGCAGACAAUAAAAUCAAUUCAUCCGAUACUAAUUCCUUACGUCAAUCACAAAAUAUAUGUGAUGACAAUAUAAAUGGUAAUCAUGAAAGUAAACUUCUAUCGUCAAAUCAACAAAAAACUCUACUGUCUAAUCGUUUAUCAAAUUCUACUUCUGUGACAAGUACAAAUCGACUUAACAGUGGUGUAAAUAAUACGGGUGCUUCUGGUGUUGGUAGUGGUGGUAGCGGUCAACAGAAUCUUGCAAAUCAUCAAAUCAAUGGUCAUCGUUUAUAUAAUACUAAUCGUAGUCGUAAUACAUGGAGUAAUAGUAAUAGCCAUAUUCGAAGUAAUGGAAAUGGUAAUUGUAAUAGUAGUAGUAGUAGUGCGGUUGGAAGUAAUAAUGGUAGCACUAAAUCACGCAAUAUAAAUAAUAUUGGACAAUCGAUAAUGAAUGGCAGUGUUGGCGGAGGUUACAAUCGAUCCCGUAGUUAUUGGAUUAAUCGUGGUCUAACUGAACUUCAAGAGAACAAUAACAGUAUUAAUCAUAAUCUGUCGUAUGAUGAUUGUGUCUUUGAACCACGUCCAUCUAGUGAUUUAAAUGGGAAUAUGAUAAGUAAUCGUCGAUUUCGGCGUACAUUUAUUCAUACUCUAUUACCUAAUUCAUCAUGUACACAACCACCACCACCCCAACUUCAGCAGUCAACCCGAUCAGCACAGGCACCGGUAUCACAACCAUCACCAUGUGAUAAUGAUGAAUCAUCUAGUGAUAUUGAUUCGGAUGAAAAACAGCCAAUAAUUCUGAAUGGUAAUCAUGUAUGCCAUGCCACGAGUAAUAAUAAUUAUUCAAAGGAGUCAUUAUUGUCACGUCAUUUACCGAUUCAUGGUAGUAGUGGAAUCGAGAACUAUCCGUGUAUUUCUAUUAGUAAUGAUAAAAAGAAAAAUAAGAAAUGUAAGGAGAUUAUUAUUCAUCCUAGAUUGGAACAGAAACAAACCAAUAGAAUUCAUAAACCUACUGAUGAAUUAUCCUCUAUCGAUGAUCAUUAUGAUGCCGAUCAUGACGAAGUGUCCAGUUCUAAUUCAUCUACUACAUCCUAUAAUAUUAUACAAUCCAAUAAUGGUGGUAAUGGUGUGUCAAAUAAUAAUAGUAAUAAUAAAAAUGUUUCUAAAGAUUCACCUGGUACAUUCAAUAAUAACAAUACUAGUUCUUCUUCGCCAUUAAUUGUAUUUGUUCCACGACCAUCAACAAAUCCAGCACUGUGCACAAAUAGUGCAGCAAUGGCACGUCGAAGACGUUAUCGAACACCAUCAGAAGUUCCAAGUAGUAUACAUUCUAGACUAUCGAUGCUACGAACAGAUUCGCGAUUGGACGAAAAUUAUAAUAGUAAUAAUAGUUAUGAAAAGUUACCAAUUGAUUUUCUUCAGAAAUUAAAAUUUACCUCAAAUGAUGACUUUUUACCAAAAACGCUGCAGUCUUCAGAUUUAUCGGACAGAAAUCGACUGCCAUGGUCAAAUCAUCAGCAACACCACCACCAACAAAGACAACAGUUAACUAAUCCAACUACACCUUGAAUGAUACAUGAUAUUCUCAUCCAAAGUUGUAAGGAUGUCUUGCGGACCAUCCAUCUGUGUGUGUGUGUGACCGUUAUUUGUGCUGUGUCUGUGAGUGUGAUUCAGAUUUCCAGCAUUUAUAUAGUGUUUUGUAUUAUUGUUUUAUUUCAGUUGAAAACAAACGUGUAUACAUGGGGCGGAGGUUGACUCGUGAAUUUAAAAUUGUACAUACACAUAUUAAUCCCCAUAUGCAUGUUUGAUGCCAAACAAUUAUACAUAUAUGCCUAUUAUUGUGCCAAAUUCACCUUGUUUCAUUUAUAGAUAACACCUGUUACACACACACAGAGAGGCAGAAGCUAUGCUCCAUCAUCCUCUUCCAUAUGGUGUGUGUAUUUCACGUAUGUCUUCCUCCUUUUUCUUCUUUGUUCUUGAAAAUUGAAACGAUCUUUUUUCUAAGAUCUGCUAAAACAUGUAAACACACACACAAACGAAGUGCUAGUUGACUACCUUGAUUUUUCCCCGCCACCUCGCCGCCUACUCUUGUUCUACUCUCACAACAAAAGAGUAUCUAUUCUUUUUGUCUACCAGGACAAUCCUUAUAUAUAUAUAUAUAUAUAUAU